CACGGAUCACGGAAAUAUCAUUAGUUUAGAGGCCACUCCCUUCAUUUUUUAAUUGGAAAGCUUUUGUUUUUAACAUUUUAAUUAAUGAUUUGAUCCAAAUUGAUAAUUUUUUCCCAAUGUCUUCAUGGUCAACAAUUUAUUUUCGCAAGUUCCACGAACAAAAAUAAAAGAUGGAUCACAGGAUAGAGACCGUAAGAAAAAACUAUGAGGAGCGGAUGACUGAGUUUGUCAGCGUCUUGAACCGCGAAGAUUGUCUUCCUGGCAGCAAGAUUAUGGACGAGUGGAGAUUUCACCUGGAGCUAACGCUGAAAAAGUACGGCUGGGUGGCCGUUUACAAGCCCCUCAGAAACAAUAAGCAGUUGCCUUCGACUUUGGACUAUGCCAAUGAACUAGUGAUGGUUGAAAAAGUAGAGUUCCACAAUUUUGAAGCUUACGUUAUUGGAGCUGACCAAUGUGAAACCCAAACUACCUCAUCAGAAACUUCCUCUACUGUGACGAACAAAAUGUUCUGCGUACCCUUGGAAGACCUGUACCCUUGCAUUAAGCAGCCUGAUUCAGAUGUGGAUGGAAUAGAAAUAUCUAACAUUAUUGAUCAAUUUAGAUUUUUCCGAGUCAAUCUGUGGCUUCCCUGGGACGAGGAAGAUGACAAUGAAGAUUGGAGGAUGUCAGCCUUGGAACCCAGAAUGCAGCUGCUCUACGAUAUGGACCAAGGUUUGGUCAGCUGUGAGGUGUUCGAGAGGGUGAAGAGGCUGUGGAGGCAGGCUUGGGAUAUUCAUGACACAUUGCAAAGCCUGGAGGUGGCUAUUGAUGAUGAUGGGUCACCAGUGCCCCUUGAGGUACAAGCUCAUGAAGAGGAAGGGUUGGUCAUUAAAAUCAUGCAGCUGCACCACCGACUUGACUGCAUCAAGCAUGAACUUGAGCGCCUACAGAACCCGCUCAUUAGAAACUUGAUGGUGAGAGAAAAACAGAGAAUGAUGCAGAGGAGUGAUAGAGUCGAGGCGCCAUGGAGUCGUCUUGUGUGGGGAGGUGGCAGCUCUCAGGAUUUAGCCUCUUUAGUGUCAGAUGCAUCGUUGGUGGCUGGUUCCGACCAACGUUUGAAGAUGUAUCCCCUGCUGCCCCUUGCUUUAGAAGAGGCCAGUACAGGUGAUUUCAUCUUCUUGGCACCUGGAAAAUAUUCUGUGACAGGUAGUGGAGGACUUGAAUGUGGUGGCACAAUUAACGGUCUUGGCAUGCAAAAGGCAAUAGUAUCAGGCUGUGAAGCGGGAGAUGUUAUGUUCAGUAUCAGUUGCAAAAUAGUAAUUGCUGAUGAAACAGAAAUGGGCAAUGGUGGCGAUGAUUGCUCGUCUGCUAAGGGAUUUUCCUUCACUAUAGCAAAUGUGACGCUUGAGGCAUACAAGAUGGAAAUUUGUCUUUUACUGAAUGCUGGUUUUGUCCUACUGGACAAUUGUGUGAUUGAUGGUGGUGGAAGUCAUGACAAGGAUGAUAGCGUUGGGGCCAUCGUUAGGGCUGGUGCCAAACUUUUGGCCAGGAACUGUACUUUCACUGGUUUUACCUCGGCCAUAAUAGCUUAUGAAAAUUCCCAAGUAGAACUUGUCAAUUGCCAAAUCAAGAAUUGUGAUAUUGGAGUGCAGAUUUACAAAGGUGCAGAACUGUCAAUGAAGCAGUGCACCCUUUCGGAAUGCAGUUCUCAAGGCAUCUACUACAAAUGGUGCAGUCAUGUUCCAGCAGACAAAGACAAGCUUUUGGCGGAGGAAGUACUCAACACGCUCCCUGGGGUUUCUGUGAGUGAAUCAAAUUUCCAAGGUGUGCCAUUGGCCAUGCAGGUCUCUAGAAAUGAAGAUGAUACUAGCAUCAUGAAUCUCGACAACUGCAUGUAACUAAAAAACCCUGAUGAACUUAAUAUUUACUCAUUUUCUUAUUUGAAAAUAAUUUACUCAAGAUAAACUCAUUUUUCUGCAUUUAACGUUUCUUUGUGUUGAAUAAAUGAAAUAUCAAAAUA